CAUCUGUCUGUUGGUAGUCCUGCGUCCUCCCUCUCUCCCCCUCUCUCUCGCCCGGUGUUCAGGCUCUUUCAGUUCUUGUCGCCUCUUUAAUUUUAAUUUUCUGGAGGAAUGAAAGAAAAACGGACUGUUUCCUGAAAGAAGUAAAGAGGAGCUGCCAUGUUGGCCUCCUCCAUCCCCCCGCCACUCCUCCUCCUCCUCCACAUCCUCUCCCCUUUCUCCCAACCUGUGGAUGCCUCGAUACACGUGGAGUUGAAGGGCGCCCCCCUGUCGCACCUGCUCCUGGAUCCUGGAGCGGGACAUAUUUAUGUGGGCGGGGUCAAUAAUCUGUACCAGCUGACCACUGACUUCGAGGUGUUGUCGCACGUAAAGACCGGCCCUUACCGGGACUCCCCAGAGUGCCUCCCACCAAUCGUGCUCCAGGAAUGCCCAUCAGCCAAGGACACCGACAACUACAACAAACUGCUGCUGAUGGAGACAGGGCAGGGGGCGGAGCCAGGGAGUCUGAUAGUCUGUGGAUCACUGUUCCAGGGAAUCUGUGAAAAGAGGAGUCUGUCCAAUAUUUCUCAGCUCAUCUAUCAGACGUCCAAUCCCGUUGACACUCAGUACGUCGCAGCCAACGCUCCAGGUGUUUCCACUGUUGCCGUGGUAAUAACCACAAAAAAUAAGCAGGAAGGGGGUGGGGAUGGUGACGUGCUGCGUCUGAUGCUGGUUGGUCGAAGCUACACUAGCAAAGGCCCUGGUGACAUCCCACCAAUCACGACACGGCGGCUGUUUCCAGUGGUUCCACCCCGCAGAGCGUUCUCUCAGGAGGAGGAGCUUGGAAAACUUGUUGUAGGAAGUUACUCCGAUUACAACAACCACUUUGUGAAGGCUGUUGUCCAUGGCAACCAUGUCUACUUCCUGUUCUCACGGCGGCACAAGAAGGAGUACCGGACUUAUGCCUCCAGGCUCUGCAUCUCUGAUCGUAGCUUCUACUCAUACGUUGAGGUGCCGCUGCUGUGCCAGGGCGGGUAUAACCUGGCACAGGGUGCAUGGUUAGGCAACCACUCAGGUGAACCUCACCUGUUUGUCGUCAUGGCAGCGGGGCAGGCGUCCACGCCCGUAGCAACAAAUCGUUCAGCUCUCUGCGUUUAUGGCAUGGCGGAGUUAGACACAAUGUUGCGGAGAGCACAGGAAGUGUGUUACACAGAGGGAGGACAAGGCAGCGGUGGAAAGGAGGAGGCCUACAUCGAGUACGGCGUGUCAUCAAAAUGUCUCAAACUGCCGAAGGACUCUCUCUCAGAGUACCCCUGUGGAGGGGAACACACCCCCAACCCCAUCGCUAGCGCCGUGCCCCUCAAAGCCACGCCCAUUGUCAACUCCACUAUACAGCUGACCGCUGUCACCACAGCAACUGAGGCGGGCCACACCAUCGCUUUCCUGGGAGACAGAAAGGGACAACUGCAAAAGGUAUUGGUGAUCUCCAGUCAGUCAGGCCAUCUGUAUGGCAGCGAGUUGGUGGACAGUGACAGUGCCGUCAGCGCUGAUCUCCUAUUGGAUGAGAGCCAGGAACAUGUUUAUGUUUUAACAAACAGCAGGCUGUCGAAGGUUCCUGUGUCAUCCUGUGAGAAACAGACAGACUGUCGCUCCUGUCUCGCUGUCCGAGACCCGUACUGUGGCUGGUGUGUCCUGGAGGGAAGAUGUUCCCGGAAACAUCAGUGUCAGCGUCACCUGCAGCCCAACCACUGGCUCUGGAGCUUUGAACCAACGAGUCAGUGCGUGACAGUGCAGAGCCUGCAGCCGGCCAAUCACAGCAAAGAAGAGCAGACGCAGGUAACGCUGUCGGUCCCCCAGCUUCCUACCCUCGCAAAGGAGGAGUCUCUGUCCUGCAUCUUCGGGCUCCUCCCGCCUCAACCUGCCAUUGUCACGGGAAGCAGCAUCACCUGCCAAUCCCCUGCCCCGGAGCACCUCCCACCUCUGCCCACAGGAAGCGAUCACAUGAUCCUGCCCGUGUCACUGAUGUUUGGUCAUGUGACCGUCACAACGGGCAAUUUGACCUUCUAUGACUGCAUGGCUGUAAGCCGACUGAACCAGAGCUCCCAGUGUUUGGCGUGUGUCAGCAGUGUGUGGCGCUGUAACUGGUGUCCUCUGGAUCAACUCUGCACUCACAACCACAGCUGUCCAAACCAGCACAUCAUCCUCAACCACAGAGACUCUCCUGGUCCUACUUCCUGUCCGCUAGUCUACGACCUACAGAGCUCUGCUUUAGUUCCCAUGGGCCUGAGCGCCACAGUGGUGCUGCGGGGACGAAACCUGGACGUCUACACUGAUGAAGCUCCGUAUGUGUGUGUUGUUGAAAUCGAAGGAUCCCGGACUAAUCUGACAGCUUCUGUGGAGAAAAUGCGCGACAACACGCACACUUUCACCUGCAUGCAGCAUCAAUUUCAACAUCCAGUCAGUCAACUUCAGUAUUCUGCUCCUGUCUACCUGCGGAGAGGGGAACGACGCAUUGAUGCCUCACCUGGACUCCGACUCCAGCUGUAUGACUGCUCAGCUGGCCAAUCAGAUUGCUCACAGUGCAGGGCGGUGCCUAAAGAGUACGGCUGUGUAUGGUGCCCUGGAAGCCCAGCCCCGAGCUGUGUGUACAACCGAACCUGCUCCAGUAAACCUGCAGACACCUGCCCGCCUCCUCAGAUCACAAAGGUGGAGCCUGCCUCCGGUCCUCUAGAGGGCGGCAUUCUGGUGACGAUCACAGGAUCGAACCUGGGCAUGAAGUAUGAGGAUGUGGUGGGCGGAGUCACUGUGGCGGGUAUUCAAUGUCUGCCUCAGUCUAAAGGUUACAAGAUCUCCACCAGGGUUGUGUGUGAGCUGCAGCCUAGUGGGAAGCAGAAAGAAGGGCCCAUCUUGGUUACUGUGGGAACAACUCGUGGGAGGUCAACAAAGAUGUUCACCUAUCAGGAUCCCCUGCUGCAGGAUCUCAUUCCUAAUAAAGGUCCCGUCUCCGGAGGAACCAGGCUGACCAUCAAAGGACGACAGCUGCUCACCGGGCAGACGUCUGACCUGAGCGCCUUCCUGGGCACCCAGCCCUGCUACAUAGUUGAAGAGGUGAAUGACACGCAGCUGGUGUGUCAGACUGGUUCCAGCAAUCGGACGGGUCUCGUCCCAGUUCGGGUUCUGUUUGGUAAAGCCGAGCGGACUAUUCCAAACGUUACCUUCCAUUACCUCGAAGACCCCGUCAUCACCAACGCCAUACCUGCUGAGAGCUUCUACGCGGGUGGGCGUGUCAUACGAGUGGAGGGCAGGAACCUGGACGUGGUGCAGCAGCCAAUCAUAUCUGUGUGGGUGGAGCCUCUAGAGGUACAAAGGGUGAAACGGAAGAAACGACUGGCUCUUCUCACCUCCAAGCAGCAGCUCGUCUUUAACAGCACCAUGACAACGGUAUCAGAGCGCUGCUCCAUCCUGUCGUCCUCUCAGAUGACUUGCCCGACCCCCAGAGUGAACCCGGAGGUCAAAGUUAAGGGCGUCUGGUUUCAGCUUGAUAACGUCAGAGUCCACUAUGAGAGCAUCAAGGGUAAAAGCUUCACUUACUAUCCAAACCCGGUUUUAUUUCCAAUCAACCGAGAAAAUCUAGAUGUGCCGUUCCGUUUCAAACCUGGAGGAGUGAUCGCUGUGGAGGGCCAGGACCUGACCAGAGCCAUGUCCAAAGAGGAAGUGAAGGCUUGGCUUGGAGAUCAGGAGUGUGACGUGAAAACUUUGGACAGUACUCACCUGUACUGUGACCCUCCAGAGGUCCAACCACUCAGUGUGGAUGACAGCAAUGAACUUCCUAGCCUCAAGGUUUUCAUGGGAAACCUGCAAGUGGACCUGGGAUUGGUUCAGUACGACAGCAACUCUCUGCUGCCUGCUGUCCCAUUGGCUGCUCAGAUCGGUUUGGGGGCGGGAGCAGCUGUCAUCAUCCUGUCAGUGUUGGUCAUCAUCCUCAUGUACAGGAGGAAAAGUAAACAGGCGCUCCGAGAUUAUAAAAAGGUUUUACUGCAAUUAGAAACUCUGGAGAUCAACGUGGGAGAUCAGUGCCGCAAAGAGUUCACUGACCUGAUGACAGAGAUGAUGGAUCUGAGCAGUGAUGUGGGAGGACCAGGAGUCCCCCUCUUGGACUACAGGAUAUAUGCAGAGAGAGUUUUCUUUCCUGGCCAGCAGACGGCGCCACUGAGUCGUCAGCUAGAUCUGCCUGAGUCGAGGAGGCAGACUGUGGAGCAGGGCCUGCAGCAGCUCAACAACCUGCUCAAUAACAGACUCUUCCUCACCAGGUUCAUCCACACUUUGGAGGCCCAGCAGGGUUUCUCCCAGCGAGAUCGUGGCUACGUGGCCAGCCUGCUCACCAUGGCUCUGCACGACAAACUGGAAUACUUCACUGAAGUCAUGAAGAGCCUGCUGCAGGACCUGGUGCAGCAGUAUGUUGCCAAGAACCCCAAACUCAUGCUGCGCCGAACAGAGACGGUUGUUGAGAAGAUGUUGACCAACUGGAUGUCUAUCUGCCUCUAUUCCUUCCUGAAGGAGGUGGCGGGAGAGCCUCUCUACAUGCUCUACAGAGCCAUAAAGUAUCAGGUGGACAAAGGGCCGGUGGAUGCUGUGACGGGAAAAGCCAAACGAACGCUCAAUGACAGUCACCUGCUGCGGGAGGACAUUGAAUAUUGCUCAGUGACUCUGACAGUGCUGGUGAAAAACGGAGUCGAAGUACAGCCAUGUCCUGUUAAAGUGCUCGACACCGACACGAUCACACAGGUGAAAGAUAAGAUUCUGGAUCAGGUCUACAGAGGAGCUCCAUUCUCUCAGAGACCAUCAGCUGACAGUCUUGACCUUGAGUGGCGUUCAGGCCAAGCAGGUCAUCUGACCUUGUCGGAUGAUGAUGUCACAGCAGUGGUUCAAGGUCGUUGGAAACGACUCAACACACUGCAGCACUAUAAGGUUCCCGACGGCGCCACAGUCGCUCUCAUCCCUCGUUCUCAAAGUUCAGGUGGAGUGGGAGUCAACCAGGUCUUCCAAACUGGAGAGAAAACGCCAAUGCUGGAGGGUGAGGAGGAGGAGGGUCUCCGUCUAUGGCACCUGGUGAAGAGCAGUGAAGAUCCUGAAAUCCCAAAACACAGAAAGAGCAGUAUGAGGGAGAGGGAGAGAGCCAAGGCCAUCCCAGAGAUUUACCUGACCAGGUUGCUGUCCAUGAAGGGGACAUUGCAAAAGUUUGUGGAUGACGUGUUUGUGGCGAUACUCAGUACAAAGCGUCCUCCUCCGAUCGCCGUGAGGUUUUUCUUCGACUUUUUGGAUGACAUGGCUGAGAAACAUGGAAUUGAUGACCCAGAAACUGUCCACAUCUGGAAGACCAACAGUCUCCCUCUCAGGUUCUGGGUCAACAUCCUGAAGAACCCUCAGUUCGUUCUGGACGUUCAGGUGACCGACAGCAUCGACGCUGUUCUGUCUGUCAUCGCUCAGACCUUCAUAGACUCUUGCACCACCUCUGAGCACAAAGUGGGACGGGACUCGCCUGUAAACAAGUUGCUGUACGCCAGAGAGAUCCCCAGAUACAAACAGCUGGUGGAAAGGUAUUACAGUGACAUCCACAGUGCUGCAUCAGGCUGUUAUCAAGAGAUGAAUUCCACUCUGACUGAACUUUCUGGGAGUUUUGCAUCAGAAAUGAACAAUCUUGUGGCUCUCCAUGAGCUCUACAAGUACAUCAACAAAUAUUAUGAUCAGAUCAUCAUGUCUCUGGAGGAGGACAGUUCAGGGCAGAAGAUGCAGCUGGCCUAUCGGUUGCAGCAGGUCGCCGCCUUGGUGGAGAACAAGGUCACGGACCUCUGAUGUGUUUUUAUCCUAAAUGAGCAGAGGAGGAUGAUGGAGGAUGGGGAUGAAGAAUCAUAAGAAACAUCUUUACAAAGACUGAAGCAGUGGAAAUGACUGGACUGCUGUGGCACUGUGUCUUCCUGCUGUGUGCAUCUGUGUGUGUGUGUGUGUGUGUGUGUGUCAGGAUAUAUGAGCUUUUAUAGUCCGACUCAGGAGAUCCCAGGUCUUUAGAUUUCCUCACAGAGCAGCAGCACUGAAACUAAAGUUAAACUAACCUAAACCAAACCUGAAGCCGCAUUACGCCGACUGACACCAGCCUAUGGUGGAGAACGACAAUCUUACCAAUUAGAUCAGGGAAUAUCACCAUCACCUGCUGCCUUGCACUAUGUUUCCCAGAGUUCCCUGCUGUUCUACUGUCUGUGAGUCAAAAAGCACAAGUGAAAUACUCAGAUUCUCAUGUAUUGAUUAUUGAGCUCCUGGUCGCAGACGUGCUGUUUGUAAGUUUCGCCUUUUCUACUGAAACCAGCAGCUCUGAUGUUGCCGAUCUGGGCAGAGUUUUAAGAAGCGCAAUAAAAGAACCAAAAUCAGGGAGCAUUUAAACCACGUUUCAGCGUGACUCCAGUUUCUCAUUAACAGUGACCUGCUGGUCCUAGUCCUUCCAGACUUCAUCAGUUACAGGUGUGGGUCCAGACUGCUUCAUCAAUCUGUUUUGUAUGAGUGCAGCUUUAGAUUUAGUUUGAAACUAAACCAGCGAGUGCUGAAUGUGACCAAAUGAGGAUCUUUGUCAGAGAUGAAAACAAAUUUAAUCCACUUUUUUAAACUGUGGACUCCAAGGAAGGGACUGCAGUGGUAACAGGAUCCAGUGUGACAGUCAGACUGUCCCAGACUAAUGAUCCAGUCUGAACUUUAGCUUUAAGAAGCGUGAGAGUUUGAAGCUUAGUCUUCAAAGUAAACAGGGUGUCUGCUUCCCAAAGCCAAAGUGGGAGCUGGCUCUACUUCUCUUUCUAUUUUAGGAAACUUUCACUCUAGACAAUCCUUUUGAUUUCACCAGAUGUGUUCAGCAGCAUCUCUCCACUCUGAUAUGCUGAAAGGAAAAAGUACUUUUACCACUUACAGAAGUAGUUAUGAAUCAGGUGGGUGUCAUGCAUGCUCAUACACACCACAGUUGCAAACUUCAGCCAUAGUCCUCACCCACAUCAGCUGGUAGCUCAGCAUGUUUUUAACUGCUUCAGCCUGCCCGCAGUUGCUUUGAUGUGCAAGCUGCUUUGCAGCCCAGCUUCACCUUUCAUGGUGCAUCUGACUUCAUCAAAGUGAUAUGUCUUCACUGAUGCCUGCUCUGCCCUGUGCUGGGUCUUUAUCUUGCUCUCCCUGCCUAUUGCUGACGUGCAUUGAAGGAUAUGUGCUCUAAUGUAAUUUUAUUUCUAAUUGUUAAAGUUCAUAGAUUAUUUUAAUGUUAUAAAUAAACCCUUUUGAAUUGUCUAUUCAGAAGGGUUCAUAACCGUUUUCCUGUAACUCCAUAAUGAAGCUAAGAAGCAGGUCACUAUGGCUAUUGUGUGCAAGAAACUGUUUAACUCUUUACUCCUUGAAAGGAACCCUUGAAGCUCUUUUCUGUCAUGUUUCAGUCCCUGUUCCUGCUAGUACUCUUGCUGGAGCAUUUUAGGUGAUUGAAGGCUUCUCAGAGUGCAGCUGGAGCUUCUUAGGACUGAAGGAAUUGAACAAAAGUCCAGCCUACGAAUGACUGAUGUCCUUAAUUUAGACAGUAUUGUACAGGUGAAAGGAGGCAGUGGUGGAGACGGAGACUGGAGUCACACUGAAUGUUGAACUGAAACAUUGAAGUCGAACCUGCUGAAAAAACAAUCUAAAAUCUGUGGGAGGAGUUAAAGAGUGUGUGUGUGUGUGCUUGUGUGUGUCUGUGUGUGUGUGUUUGUGUAAGCGACAUAAAGAGAUAAAGAGUGGCUGUGUGCUAGCUAGUUACUAACUUAUUGUGUGUACAUACUGUAAGUCCUAUUUAUACUUAUUUAAUCCCAGCUGUGCCUUCACUCUUGCAGCUAGGUGGCGCUGUCUGUUCUGACAGCAGCCUUAUUGAUCAUGUAUCCCCCUGCUAAUUGGGAAAAUAAAUCAGUUUAAAUGCUUAACUUGUAUUGAACCAGGGAAGGAAAAAAAAAACAACAACAGCAACUUACACAAACCCUGACAAUAUGCCAGAAGAACCCACCCCCACCCCCCAACAAA